GGGGAUUUGUGACAGAGCAGGAAGAGGCUUUUUGAUAGACAUCACAGAAAGCCGGUGUGUUUUACUGGACUUCUGAAGGAAACAAGGACCCAUGGCUGUUAGAGGAAUGAAAUUGUCGAGUGUCUGUUUUCUGCUUUUAUAUUUGAUACUGACCGUAUUUGCUGGGAGGGAUUUCUACAAAAUUCUGGGGGUUAGUAGAUCAGCAUCAGUCAAAGACAUUAAGAAAGCCUACAGAAAGUUGGCAUUGCAGCUUCAUCCAGACAGAAACCAAGAUGACCCAAAUGCCCAAGACAAAUUUGCAGACCUUGGAGCUGCUUACGAGGUACUUUCAGAUGAGGAGAAAAGGAAACAGUAUGACGCAUAUGGAGAGGAGGGAUUAAAAGAAGGCCAUCAAAGUUCACAUGGUGAUAUAUUCUCCAGUUUCUUUGGCGACUUUGGAUUUAUGUUUGGUGGAAAUAGACAGCCAGCUGGCAGAGAUAUUCCAAGGGGUAAUGACAUUGUUCUGGACCUUGAAGUAACAUUAGAAGAGGUGUAUUCAGGGAAUUUUGUGGAGGUAGUACGAAUCAAACCAGUUGCAAAAGAAGCUCCAGGCAAAAGAAAAUGCAACUGCCGGCAAGAAAUGAGAACCACACAACUCGGACCGGGUCGCUUUCAGAUGACACAGGAAGUAGUCUGUGAUGAAUGCCCCAAUAUCAAACUUGUGAAUGAGGAGAGAACACUAGAGGUGGAGAUCGAGCAGGGCGUGAGAGAUGAAAUGGAAUAUCCUUUCAUUGGAGAAGGUGAACCUCACAUAGACGGUGAGCCUGGAGAUCUGCGUUUCCGCAUCAAAGUUUUAAAGCAUCCAGUGUUUGAGCGCAGAGGGGAUGACCUUUACACAAACGUCACCAUCUCUCUGGUAGAGGCUCUGGUCGGUUUUGAGAUGGACAUCACUCAUUUAGAUGGCCACAAGGUGCACAUCGUCAGAGAUAAAAUCACUAAACCAGGAUCUCGUAUUUGGAAGAAGGGUGAGGGCCUGCCAAGUUUUGACAACAACAAUAUUCGUGGAUCUCUUAUAAUCACCUUUGAUGUAGAUUUCCCCAAGGAGCAACUUGAUGACCAGCAGAAAGAUGGUAUAAAACAGCUUUUGAAACAGGCACCAUCUCAAAAGGUUUAUAACGGACUGCAGGGAUACUGACAGACUAGCCUAGUAAAUCAGGACUGAAUGCGUGAACCUGUCUGCCCUUCACACACACAUACACAUUUAAAUGCACACUGAGGAACAAGCAAUGGGGUGUAUUUAUUUUUCAUAUUGUUCUCAGGAAGGGUUGACGUUAAUGUUUUUAUUUUUUUAUGAUUUCUUUUCCCUGAUUUAUGUUUUUAAAGGCCUUGUUUUGUCAUAGAAAGUAUUUUUAUUUGACUCAUUUGACCCCCCAAAAUGAUUACUUUCUCCUUAUGUGGUCCCCAGUUUCAGGAAGUAGUUUAAAACCUUUUUCAUCAGUUCAAUGUUUGGAAGCUACUUUUCUGUUCUGACCAGUCAACCACCAUCCACUCAUGGAUCAUCAUAAUGUUUAAUGCCAGUUGACUUGAGACCUGCAGCAACAACAACAGAAAGAAAGAGGACUGAAACUUCAAAUCAGAGGACGAUUUCAACACCUGCUACUCAAGAACUUUCUCUUCAAGUCUUUUAAAAAGAAACAGUUAUUUGAAUGUAAGUUCACUGAACGUUCUCAAUUUACACUCUUUAAUCUUUGGUCCACUUGUUUUAAAGAACAAAUUUAUCACGGUUGUUGCAGCUGGUGUUUUUGUGCUCACCAAGUUGCAAAUCCUGUUUGUGUGUGUGUGUAUUGCUCUACUACUGCCUGGUUCAGAUUUGUCGUCUGGUUACAGAUCUGUUUCCUUUGAGGCACUUAUUUGGUUUUUUAAGUUCUAACAGAAGACCUCUUUAACUGUACAGUUCAACUCUUUCCUGUGAUUUAUUUUUAUUAUUAUUUUUUUUUAAUGUGACAGAUUUACUUUCUUGUUUCUUUAACAGCCCCUCCUGAUGUUCAGUCCAUUAGGUACCUUCCUAGUUAUUCAUUUCCUUAGCUCUUUGUGGACUGCACCAGACAAAUCAGAACAUCUUAGGAUAACUUGUGCACACGUGAAGGAAAUAUCAUCUGCCAUAUUCAAAAGAGAAUUAAAAGUUUAUAAUUAUGGUUAAAAACUGA